GCGCAUCCUUCGGAAAGUCCAGAGGGAAGCUUUUAGGAUCUCCUCCCACCCUGCCCAGCCCAGCUGCCUGCACUUUGGCGUUGGUUCCCCUUUAAAAAAAGGCACGCCAUGCUGCCAUCACAUGCUUCAGCAUAAACAAAGUAGGAUGUUGGCGGACUGCUUGUUGUUAUGCAAAGCUCAUUUGCUCCUCAUAUUUUAAAAGAAGCCUGGGAAGAUCCUGUUUUUUUGUUGUGUUUUUUUUUUUCUGAGGAUUUGUCGGAGGGGGGCUCAGCCCACCCAGUCUGGCAGCCAGUCGUGUUGCGCCGCCGCUGCGCUCUGCUGCUUGUUGUUCAGUAGCUGGUGCGCAAACUGAAAGCUUGGCGUUAAUGCGCGGAUUUAAAGCGACCUUCUGCGAAACGAUAAAGGUUAUGUUGGAGGAGUGGACGGGAUAGCGUUACAGAGGAGAGACCACCACCAGCAGGAGCAGCAGGAGGAGCACGGAGGAGCAGGGAGCUCUGAUCGGGGGGAAGGAGCGGAGAACUCACUCACUGGCUCCUUUCAGCUGAGGCUGUAUGUAGUGGAAAGCUCGCUGAUAUCGCAGCUAAUUCUCUCCAUCGUGGAUUUUCCAGUCGGAUGAGGAUUACCUUUUGGUUUGAAUAGUUUUUUAUCUUCAUACACUCGAGAAGGAAGGAGAGGCUGUGGAGCCACACACACCAACCUGACGGCUCUUUGGAAAAAGAUGUGAUGACUCACGCAAGGCAGUCAGCUUCCCUCAGGCAGAACCAGACCAGUUCUGACUGGUGGGAUACCAGCCAUACCUGGCCUCAUGGUGGCACCACGGGCACCGACAGCCCUGAGCGUACAUUACGUUUCGGCAGGACAAAGAAGAUAAGUGGGAUCAUAAGAAAAAAGGAAGGCAAAGAGCCCAACACAAUGAAGGAGAAAAAAGAACGAAGAAGGUCAGACGAGAGCCGGAAGCUUGACCAAAGACGAGAGAAGAAACGGGUCAGAAAGUUGUACCCUCUGCGAGGUCGAGCUGGGAAUUCUGAGGAGGAACGUAAGUGCCAUGUUCUCCUUACUCGCCUAGAAGAAGGCUCACGUGAAAAGGUUCGGGCUAAAGGUAAAGAAAGAAGAGACAGGCCCAAAACUAAAUCCAAAAUGGGUAAAACCAGAGAUGGAUUAAAAACGAAGUCCUUACCAAAAAACAAACUGAAAUCAAAACAUCUUGCUGAUCAUUCAGAACUGACAGACUUACAACCACGCAAACGUAGACUGGCGUCUCUCAACGCUGAGGCAGUGAACAGUUUACUACUUGAAAGAGCCACUGAUGCUCAACCAGCUGCCAAACUGGCCAGGAGGCAGGAGGAAACUCUGGAUGGAGCAGUUCCUUUGGAUCCAACCAGAAGUCUCCCUGGAAGUCUUAAAGUAUCAAGAGGGAACAUUAAUAAAGUCUCUACACCCAACAAGGUUGAGCUUUGUCAAAGUGCUAAGCUGAGCAAGAAGGCUAAAGCCAGUCGGGGUGAUGAAGCUGUUUGGAUGAGCCAGGAGUGUUUAGAUUCACCUGCACCAAGACGGCUAGCUGGACUCAAUGCUGCAGCCCUGCUGAAGCUAACAAGCUCGUCUGCUACCAGUAAACAGAGAGUAAAGGCCACUCCCACUGCAACGGUCACAUCUGACUCUAUGGCUCCUGCUGCGGACUCGACACCAAAGCAGAACCAUAGAGAUAAACUCCAAAACAAGCGCCAGUUGCAAAAGCAGAAAGGUAAAAAGCGCUCUCCCCUGCACGGCGCCUGCACAGCCUGCAAGAAGAAAGCGGACUUUGAGCCCAAGGUGGAGUGGGAGACGGGCAGCUGCACCCACCGCCUGACCAAACCAGGUUAUCAGUCUCGUAGCAUGCUUGGAUACUCUCUAAAGCAGGUGAAGGAAGAACAGCUGGAGACAGAACUGAGCCCAUACUACUGCUGUCCCCCAGAGGGGUCUGUGGAGUACUGCCACCGUCUGGCCUGCUUCCUUGGCCAGCAACCCUACGCAGACUCAGAUGACCAGUCUAUAAAGUCAGCCAUGACCCCCGUGAAGCCAGAGUGCCUAGUAACCUCCCAAUCUCUCACACAUUCCCACCCCCACAGAGCACUCGCCCUCACCCCCCACCCAUGCCUCUGCACUGCUGACCACUGCUUCCCUGGCUACUACGUCCACAUCACCCACCCAACGCACACUGGCCAGACUUCAGCUGCCCUGGCCACACGGCCCCUCAACUUCAGCUCCACCAGUUUGUGCCCCAGCCAUAUUACUGGAUCCAAGCUCCUGGGAGGUCAGGUGUCGCACCCAUCGGGCUUAGGCCACCCUGCCUACUGCAACUCUGUGGCUUCCCCCUGUUAUGGCGAUGCCUGCGGGAUCAGCGGCUACAGCUACAGAUCACUGCCUCCGGUGACGGGUAGAAGUUGUUCUUUCAGUGCUGGCUGUACUGGAUGCACACACAGCAUUAAAACAGAGGCUUACACGACCCUACAGGGUGACCACAGCCCCUCAUUACUGGUUCCCCCUACUCUACCGAUCUCCAAAUGUCCACUAUCCAGUGUGCCCAGUUCAACACAGAAUAAAGCCCACCUGUUGACCCCCCUGUCUGGCCGAGAUCAGCCCCAGGCCAGGAUAAUGCUAGCUAAGGAAUGCCCUCAGAGCACAAAGGCCUCCAAUGGCUCCUCCGUGGGCCACACCCACCUCCUUACGAAACAGGCCACCCCAGUGCCGAGCCUUGGCAGCAGUAAACAGAAGAAGAUCAGCCGUAGACGUGCCACAAAUGGCUGGCGGCCCGUUGGCAUCCCCACUGAGAGGGAGGUCUUUAUUGCGGGGGAAGAUGAGGCUGCAAUGAGGAUGUGUUAUGAAGGAGUGGAAAGGGACGGUGAAGUGAUUCGUGUCAGAGACACUGUCCUACUACGAUCUGGUCCCAGGAAAAAGUCCCUCCCAUAUGUUGCUAAGAUAUCUGCAUUGUGGGAAGACCCUAAAACAGGAGAGCUGAUGAUGAGCCUUUUUUGGUACUACAGGCCUGAGCACACCCAGGGAGGCCGGGAUCCCAGAGCACACUGUGAGAAUGAGAUUUUCGCCUCUCGGCAUCAAGAUGAAAAUAGUGUGGCCUGCAUAGAAGACAGAUGCUAUGUUCUCCCUCUGGCCCAGUACUGUCGAUUUUGUGCCUUGGUGAAGCGGCGUGCUGAAGGUGCCCCACCUGGCAGGGCCAGCAUGGUGCCCUUCCGCCCUGACUUCGCCCCUCCCUCCCACCGCUGCGUGCCCACAGACGUCGACCCCGAGCUGGUGUACCUCUGCCGGCACGUCUACGACUUCAGAUACGGACGCAUCUUAAAGAACCUGCAGUAGAGCACCUUGGAAUCAGUCGUCCCAAUUCUGCGCCUCCUGCACAGAGGGAGGCAGCUGAAGGACUUUGCAAUCAAUGGGAAAGGGUGGGUGGGUGGGGGGGGUUUGCAUGUACGCAUUAUGAAGCACAGAUCCCUUUAGUUAAAUACCAAGAAGUUAGAAUGUUGUAGGGAAUCUCAGCCGGUAAAUCCAUCCGACUCCAUUUUUCUUAGCUUAUUGGUUUCCAUAGAAGCGUAACCCCCCACCUCCUCAACCCCACCAUGCCUUUUCUGCCAGAGACGUCGAGUGGGGUGGGGGGGGCUCCAGUCAGAACAUGCAACAAUCAUGUUUGUUCCAUUUGAGAGCCGCCGGCAGAGCCACGGUCCGGCGCGGCGCUCAGGUGCUUCCAGGGAAACAACCUAACCCUGUCAGCUGUGUGUUAACGCCGCUCGACAAGCAUGGCUGAGGGAGCAGCUAAUGGAGAGUGUCAUCCUUUUCCCUUCAUUUGACUCUGCACAUUGGGUGUGUGCGUCCGUGUGUGUAUGUGUGUGUUUAGGGGAUAAAUAUGGUGAUAUUUAGUUAAUCAAACCAAGCAAGCAGCUUUAGAUGAAGUGGAGCUUUCUGUGAAAAUAAUUCACUAGUUUCAAGGUAAGCUGAGGAUGAAAAUGACCAUAUAUUACUUAUAAAAUAGGUUCUACAGCAGAUCUCCUUACAUCUGCUGUAAAGCAAGGAUAUCUGCCGUCCCAAAAUAAGUCGGACUUCGCUUUUUUUUUUUUUUUUUUUUAUGACUGAGGAACUUAAUUGAGGUAAAUGGGGAGCUAUGCUAUGCUACGCUGCUUUUGGCUGCACAUGUCUAGAGUUUACAUGAUGGUUCAGAACAUAAAAGCAAAAGUAUUCACCCCUCCUGUAGCUGUUUAGUUUGGUAUUGUUAAAACAUCUCUCUGCCACUGAGCCCAUUCAGUCCAUUCGGCUUUUCAAUGUUUUUUUUUUUUUCUUUUCUCACAACCCAGCGGACACCAAACAAAGGAUGAGGCACUAGUUUUAACUUCCCCAUCUCCCCCCCUCUUGCUUCUUCUUCUCCAGCACUUGUCUCCCCCUAUUUUGUUGCACUAAAGCGCUCCUUCACAAUAAAACACGAUCGCCUCUUUAUUUUACAUUGCUGAUGCUAAAGAAUUGGCAGGAUGUAAAUGGCAGAGCUGCUUUUUUUUUUCCUUUUUAGAAGGAGACAUUAGGGAUGUAAUCGCUGUGAGUACGUUAGUACAAAGUCUCAGUUUUAGAUCAGUAUAGAUCAAGAGUCAUUCCUUUUUUUUUAUGCUCUCAUAAAUAAAUACCUGCUAUAUAUAUAUAAAUAUAUAUAUUUAUGUUUGUAUUCACACUGUUAAUGUGACUAGAUGUGCAGAAGGCUUCAGGAUGCAGUCCUGAGUCGCCGUGCAGGCAAACGUAGCACUGUGAUAGAUGUGUGUUUGGAUUUAAAGGGUACGGUUGGUGGAUAUUAUUGGGGGGGGGGUGGGGUCUGUACUUUAUGAUGAACUUUUUUCUGGUCACGAACCAUGUGCUCUUCCAUUGCCUUCAACCUGCAGCUGUUUUCCGGUCGGUGUGCGUUCCAGUACUCUACAGCUGUAAAUCCCCACCCCCCAAUCUAGAGCCAUCUAUAAUUCCCCUUUCUAUUUGAAUUACUCAAGUUAUACUUUCCAACUUUAAAAUUCCUCUUCCUUAAGAAUAUUUUAUUAAGGCGAUUUACUAAGACGGCACAUGCAAUAUAUUUUUAGAGUUACUAUUUUUGAAGAAUGAGCUCAACAAAUCUUGAAAAAAAAAUAUGCAUUACUUCUUCUUUCUGUUUAGUUGAUAUCAGGUUGUUUCUCAGUCCAUGUUUGACAAAACAAAGAGAGGCGGGGGCCGUCUCAGGAGCUAGCAAGGAGCUCCCCUGCAGGAGCCCAUAGAUGUCUAAACCCCAGGAAUCACCAGGCAUGCUCUCUCGCCCUUUUUUUCUAAACAAGCAGGCGGCCAAUGCACAGUGUUGUAUUUUUUGUUUUCUUGCAAGAUCUGUAGCGGUUAUAUUUAAAGUAAGAAAAGAAUAUUUAAAUAGAGAAAUCAAUUGAAUAUAUUAAGAUGUCAGUUUAAGUUAUUUGGGACUAAUUAUGUAUAUCCUAGCCCUGUAUUUGUGCUUCAAGACAGAAAUAGUUUAUUUGUAACCUUAGAAACUGAGUGAGUCUGAUAGCAGAAGUGUAAGUAUAGUUUAGCUUUGGUGAGACCAGAGCAGCUUGGCCUAAAGCACCUUUGCUGUAAAGGAGGUCUGGUUUGGUCCAAUAACAGCCUGAGCGAUGCAACAGAAGGAUGGACUUUAAAGGGAUGGUUCCGUGUUCUGUUAAAACAAUAUAAGCAGUCAUAUCAUCCCUAAAGCUAAUUUAAUUGGUCAAAGGGGCUGAACUUAAGUGCUAGUUGCAGAGAGGGAUCAAGUCCAAACAGCAAAGCUUUUUUAGCUUUUUUUUUUCUUCUAAACUUUAUAGUCAUGAGAUGAAUAUUUAACUCUGCUGGAUAUGAUAAGGUGUGUUACACUGUAUCUUCCCCGUGAAACGCAUGUUUAAGUGACAUGUUUCUUUCCAUAAAUUCAUUCUCGGGGCCACAAAUUGCCUCCAAGCUACUGAAACGCUACUUACGUUUACGUUUGGACAAAAAAAAAAAAAAAAAAAAA